CUUUAUAUUAAUUACUUUCACGCCUUAAAUGUGCCUGAUUCCAAUUCUGAAAAACUGGUGCCAACGUUUGAAUACUUCCAAGGAAAUGUCGCUGAAGGUAGAAAUCGCUGGAUCGUUCUCACUUUUAUUGCAUUUAUCCACAUCUCAAAAUAUAAUGCACAGGUGAGCUAUCAUCAUUCGUCAAAACUGAAAAGAUAAGUAGUCAAUAGAAGUGUUUUUAUAUAUUAAAAGCCACUAAAAGUUCAUCUUUAAUGUAGGUUAAGUUCGAGUUUGCUACAACUAACAGACGUCGGAUGAAUUCCAGAUUAUAAAGGGCCACUAAACGUUUCAAUGAAAAAACAGCCCUGCAAUUUUUCAGAGUUUAGUUUAUCAUUCUUCCUGUUUGAUGCACGAAAAAAAUCUAUGUCUGUCUCUAAGCAAACAUUUUAUGCCUUAAUACAGACUUAUUUCUUUGGCUAAAAAGAGAUGAAAAAAAAAAAACAAAACAAAACAAAACAAAACAAAACAAAAAAAGGUUCUUUGAGGUGGUUCCAUUGUUAUUACAGAAGCAGCGAUUUACGACAAUACUGACAAUCUUCGGUCUCAAAACUGUUUUGGUUUAAAGGCUGCGAAACUCUGGGAUAUCUGCUGAUAGACAGCAAUUAUAUAAAGGAAUUCGAUUUAAACAAUAAUAUUUAAUUAUAUGCUUUUUGCAUAGUUAUAUUUAGCAAAGCCCACUUUUCAAGAAAAUCGUGUCUAAUGAAAAACUUUGCUGUUAUCGGCUUUGCCUGAAAUGUCUCGUAUCAAGUUUUAUUGAUAUAAUUGGGGUGUGCCACGAAAUUUCAACAGAAAUCUUUGAAGCAGUCUCCAACGAGAGAGUCCUUCUGAAUUCAGCGUUGAAAUUGUUUGUGAAUUUUCAGAACGCGUUACCCUGAGGAGGACUCAGGAACUAGAUAUUUUGGGACGAGUAUAAAGAAUACAGACUCUUCUUCGAUGGCAUUUUAUAUGUUGUCCCACCACGGAGGCACUUGUAAGCCCUGGUCAAACCUAGAAUCUAGAGAUCUAGAGUCGUCUAACACGAGGUUGGCCUCGAAGCCGUUAUAGAUGCACACAUUUUUUUCCAACCAAUUAAAUGUGUAACAAUUCCACAAUCUGGAUAUUUCUAAACUGACAAAUUGGGUUUUCAAAAAUUGAUUUCCAUGUGUGCAAUUCAAGUUUGGAAAUAAGCGCCAGCAAAAUUGAAAACCGUCAUUUUCUAAUUUAUAAUUCUCUUUAGCUUCUCUUUUUGGGUGAUUCCAAACCUGAGAGAACCACCGCACGAAUUGUGGAACUAAAUAUUCGUAUACAGUUUCAGCAGAUUCGUGUGUAAAAUACUCGGUUUCAACAAAAAAUGUAUGAAUAAAUAAAAUAAAGCAACAACAACCAAACACAGUCACACUCUGGAGCUGAGCGGCUUCACUGGUUUUAUGUGGAGGGAAGUAAGGCCGAUUCAGGUAUAGAAAUAUUGUGCGGAUUCAGAAAUAUCGAGAACAAAAACAUUCGAUUUAAUUUAGCGCAAGGUUUUGAGUGUUUUAUAGUUUAUGCAACGAAUGGGAAUGCCUCAUCAGUUGAUUUUAAGCCGAACUCAGCAGCAGUUGAUUGCGGUAACGCUUUCCGAAAGUGCGUUUUGGGGGUUCGUUUGACUCUGAGCGAUACGUUUUUAAAAACAAUUCCAUAGCUGAAUUCAGAAAAAACGUAUUGAUUGAAGACUUAUCUGUCCACAUGCCCCAACGAUCAUCAUGGCUGCCGUCACUGCCGUUGUCGUCGUCCUUGCUUAAGGUCCCUAUUAUAAUUAAUGAUUGUCACCCAAUUAGUUUUAACAAGAAGUAUUAUUGUCAUUUAACUGUAUUUCUUGUAUAUUCUUUUAGUUAUCUGUCCUCGGUAGAAAAUAAAGUUGUUCAUUGUUGUCGUUGUUGUUAACGGAAAACUUAAUGACAAUGAUUUCAUCAACACGAGCAAUUUUUCCUUACGGUGUGUUCCGAGCCUAUUCGUUACUACACAGACAUUUACUCGAGUUAUAUUUCACUUUUAAUCAUGUAAAUCUUGCGAGUAAAAAGCUCUUGUCACCUUAAGUCCAACUCGCGCUUCAAGUUGUCAAGUUUUGAAUUUCAGAUUGUUAUAAUUGUUUUGCACUGUGUCUAUUUACAUGGGCUAUGGGCUACUCAUAAAUUAUCUUUAAUAACUUCGAGGAAAAAUAUUUAAUAAUUAAAAGCAUGGCAUUAAAUUGGCGUAUCUUACCAUUUCCUUUAUCAUUAAUAAUUGCGUAUAAAUUGAAGUCUUCCACCAAGUUUGAUGAACUUCUCGAUGCCGAAAUAUCGAAUAUCGUACCGAACGCUCUUCCUUCUUGUAUUUUCAAUUUCUUUUUUGACAAUUAUUCAAUAUGUAAGCUCUUGACUCAACUUUUUUUGCUGAAGACAUGUAUGACUAAUCGGAGAAAAUGGUAAUAUGCAACGUUUUUUUCGGAGGGGAGGGGGGAAGAAGGAUCUAAAAGAAAGAAGAUAUAUUAUAGCCUACUGAAAACGGAGAAUAAAUAUGAAAAAAAAGAAUCGAAUUUAUACCCAUGAAUUAUCUCUAAUAACUUGAAGGAAUCUGGUACAGGCAAGAUCUGGGUAACGGUAGCGAGCAUAUAUAGCAAUGCUUGACGAACAUAAUUCGCUGGAAUAUUAUGGAAUUUGCACAUUUGACAUUUUUCGCUGCUAUUCAACGCUAAUCCCAGAGCCCUUGCUCUCGAUAGCAAUUUAGUUUUAGAUCUUGAGGCUGCCCGGCAUAGACCUACUAAACUAGGAGUUUGAUGAUCUUUCCGAGAAAAGCUGAUCUUUCUAAGAGCAAAUAUGAAAACAUAAGGGCUUGAACGCCUCAUUAUGACAAAAAUAUAUAUAUGAUUUUAAUAACAAAAUAAAAACUGUUACGUCGGAGAUGAUAGCAAGAGUACCACGGAGCUUUAAAGUUAUGUUUCUUUUAGAUAAUCCUAAUAAUCAAUUGAAAUUUCUGGUAAUACGACAUUGUUGAAAGGCCUGCAUAGCUACUAGCCGGGUAACUUUGACCUGUCAGCUUGUCUAAGUGGUUAAGUUGUAUUCAUGAAGGUGGUUCCUCGAACUUAGCAAUAAUUCAUGGAAAGAAAACAAAGGACGUCAGGAGCCGUGAAGAAAGUUUGAAUGUCAGUUACUAAUUUGCGUCUUCUAGAAUUUUUGAUCACUCCAAAAUUUUCACACAAAUAAUUCUGUCAAGUAUUCAAAAUUGGUAAAAAAAAAAACCCCGAUUGCGCUUCCCCAUUUUUAUAUUAAUUUCUCGAUACCUAGAUAUCGUACUGAACGCUGUUUCUUCCCUUUUUUUUAAUUUAUCAUUUAAACUCCUUUUGACACAAAUUCAAUAUGUCAGCUCGUGUUUGAACUUUUUUGUUUAAGAUAAAUUGACUACGUGGAAAAAAUGAAGGUUCUGUGUAUCACUAGAUUCACUUACUCUCAGGGUAACACGUUUUACUCUAGCGAAAUUUUUUCUGGUAAGCUGUGAAAAUUACGAUUUCUUACUGAUGGGCUUCAAUUUUUUUUUUAUAAUUAUGCUUUAAUAAUGCCCCUCCCCAACCUCCUCCCCACCCCUAAAAUUAUACGCAAAAUUAGUGAUGGAGAAAAAACAGCUGUUAGCAAUUUAAGACUGGAAUCGUUUUCUCAUUUACAGCUCAUAAGCGUUAAGUCAUGGCAUUUGUCCGCUGGAAUUUUAAAUUGCGUUAGAUCCAUAUUAUUCCAACGGGCAAAAUGAAUCUGUUCCAAAUAGUUGGUUUCUUAAAUUCAGGGUAACCAACAUUAAUGAAAAUGCAACUUUCAUUAAAUAUGGUUUGUCUGCAACAGCGUAAUCAAAACACAAAGAGGCGGGAAUUUGGGCGAAGGCGCGUUGGUUAAAAAUUAAGGUAAAUUGUUUUCAAAGAGAUCAAGAACACGACAUUCAUUAUACAGCGAUCCAUGAGUAGAACAUUUAGUUGUGUUCAUCAUGUCCACUUCAAAUUUCAAAAGAAUAUAUACUAGAUUCCAUUUUUAACGAAUUACUGUUGUUAUAUUUAUUUAUUUUUUCAUUUUUUUUCAUUUUUAAGCAAAUAACGUUUUUACAAUUCUUCUUGUCGGGAAACAGCGACUAGCAGGUUACGUAGUGUACGAAAUUUGUGAUUUUUUUUUUUGCUACCUCGACCAUUUCUUGCUAAUAGAAUUGCGUUUUUGAAAAUAAUUCAAUGCACGAUGGAGUUGUUGUUUAAAGUUCCUGUUUAAUGUAACUCUAAACUAAAAUUUAUUAAAUAUAAGCCACAUCCUGGAUCAAAUUUAGGGACUUUUGGCUUUAUAUUAAUUUCUUUCGCGCCUUAAAUGUGCCUGAUUCCAAUUCUGAAAAACUGGUGCCAACGUUUGCAUACUUCCAGGGAAAUGUCGCUAAAGGCAACAAUCGCUUGGAUCGUUCUUACUUGUAUUGCAUUUAUCCACAUCGCAUAAUAUAAUGCACAGGUGAGCUAUUAUUAUUCGUCAAAACUGAAAAGAUAAGUAGUCAAUAGAAGUGUUUUUAUAUAUUAAAAGCCACUAAUAGUUCAUAUUGAAUGUAGGUUAAGUUCGAGUUUGCUACAACUAACAGAUGUCGGAUGAAUUCCAGAUUAUAAAGGGCCACUAAACGUUUCAAUGAAAAAACAGCCCUGCAAUUUUUUAGAGUUUAGUUUAUCAUUCUUCCUAUUUGAUGCAUGAAAGAAAUCUAUGUCUCUAGGCAAAAAUUUUAUUCUUUAAUACAGACUUAUUUCUUUGGCUAAAAAGAGAUGAAAAAAAGAAAACAAACAAAACAAAAACAAAAACAAAACAAAAAAAGGUUCUUUGAGGUGGUUCCAUUGUUAUUACAGAAGCAGCGAUCUACGACAAUCUUCGGUCUCAAAGCUGUUUUGGUUUAAAGGUUGCGAAACUCUGAGAUACCUGCUGAUAGACAGCAAUUAUAUAAAGGAAUUCGAUUUAAACAAUGAUAUAUAAUUAUAUGUUUUUUUGCAUAGUUAUAUUUAGCGGAGCCCACUUUUCAAGAAAAUCGUGUCUAGUGAAAAACUUUGCUGUUAUUUUUUUCCUGAAAUGUCUGGUAUCAAGUUUUAUUGAUAUAAUUGGGGUGUGCCACGAAAUUUCAACAGAAAUCUUUGAAACAGUCUCGAACGAGAGAGCCCUUCUGAAUUCAGCGUUGAAAUUGUUUGUGAAUUUUCAGAACGCGUUACUCUGAGGAGGACUCAGGAACUAGAUAUUUUGGGACGAGUAUAAAGAAUACACACUCUUCUUCAAUGGAAUUAUAUAUGUUUCCCACCACUGAGGCACUUGUAAGCCCUGGUCAAACCUAGAAUCUAGAGAUCUAGAGUCGUCUAACACGAGGCUGGCCUCGAAGCCGUUAUAGAUACAUAACAAUUCCACAAUCUGGAUAUUUCUAAACUGACAAAUUGGGUUAUCAAAAAUUGAUUUCCAUGUGUGCAAUUCAAGUUUGGAAAUAAGCGUCAGCGAAAUUGAAAACCGUCAUUUUCUAAUUUAUAAUUCUCUUUAGCUUCUCUUUUUGGGUGAUUUCAAACCUGAGAGAACCACCGCACGAAUUGUGGAACUAAAUAUUCGUAUACAGUUUCAGCAGAUUCGUGUGUAAAAUACUCGGUUUCAACAAAAAAUUGUAUGAAUAAAUAAAAUAAAGCAACACCAAACACAGUCACACUCUGGAGCUGAGCGGCUUCACUGGUUUUAUGUGGAUGGAAGUAAGGCCGAUUCAGGUAUAGAAAUAUUGUGCGGAUUCAGAAAUAUCGGGAACAAAAACAUUACCACUUCCUUUAUCAUUAAUAAUUUCGUAUAAAUUGAAGUCUUCCCCCAAGUUUGAUGAACAUCUUUAUGCCUAAAUAUCGAAUAUUGUACCGAACGCUCUUCCUUUUCGUAUUAAACUCUCGACUCAACUUUUUUUGCUGAAUACAUGUAUGACUAGUCGUCCAAGAGAAAUCGGAGAAAAUGGUAAUAUGCAAUCUUUUUUUUUUCCGGGGGGUAGGAAGAUCUAAAAAAAAGAAGGUACAUUAUGGCCUAUUGAAAACGGAGAAUAAAUAUAAAGAAAGAAUCGAUUUAUACCCAUAAAUUAUCUCUAAUAACUUGAAGGAAUCUGGUACAGGCGAGAUCUGGGUAACUGUUGCGAGCAUAUGCAAUGCUCGAUGAACAUAAUUCGCUGGAAUAUUGUGGAAUUCGCACAUUUGACAUUUUUCGCUACUAUUCAACGCUAAUCCCAGAGCCCUUGCUCUCGAUAGCAAUUUAGUUUUAGAUCUUGAGGCUGCCCGGCAUAGACCUACUAAACUAGGAGUUUGAUUAUCUUUCCGAGAAAAGCUGAUCUCUCUAAGAGCAAAUAUGAAAACAUAAGGGCUUGAACGCCUCAUUAUGAAAAUAAUAAUAAUAAUAUUAUAUUAACAAAAUAAAAACUGUUACGUCGGAGAUGAUAGCAAGAGUACCACGAAGCUUUAAAGUUGUGUUUCUUUUAGAUAAUUCUAAUUAUUAAUCGAAAUUUCUGGUAAUACGACAUUGUUGAAAGGCCUGCAUAGCUACUGGCCGGGUAACUUUCACCUGUCAUUUUGUCUGAAUAGUUAAGUUGUAUUCAUGACGGUGGUUCCUCGAACUUAGCAAUAAUUCAUGGAAAGAAAACAAAGGACAUCACGAGCCGUGAAGAAAGUUUGAAUAUCAGUUACUAAUUUGCGUCUUCUAGAAUUUUUGAUCACCCAAAAAUUUUCAUACAAACAGUUCUGUCAAGUCUGUCAGUUCUGUCAAAAUUGGUAAAAAAAAAAAUACCCGAUUACGCUUCCCCCUUUCUUAUAUUAAUUUCUCGAUGCCUAGAUAUCGUACUGAACGCUGUUUCUUCCUGUAUUUUUUUUUUUUAAUUUAUCAUUUUAACGCUUUUUUGACACAAAUUCAAUAUGUCAGCUCGUGUUUGAACUUUUUGUUUAAUAUAAAUUGACUAAGUGGAAAAAAUGAAGGUUCUGUAUAUCACUAGAUUCACUUACGCUUAGGCUGGCACGUUUUACUGUAGCUUAAUUUACAAUUAAUCAUUUUACAAAUUUUUGCCUGUAAGCUGUGAAAAUUACGAUUUUUAACUAAUGGGCUUCGAUUUUUUUUUUUUUUUUAUCAUUAUGCUUUUAAUAAAUGUUCCUCCCCAACCUCCUUUCCCCCCAAAAUUAUGUGCAAAAUUAGUGAUGGAGAAAAACAACUCUGUUAGCAAUUUAAGGCUAGAGUCAUUUUCUCAUUUACAGGAAAUGUGUUAAGUCGUCGCAUUUGCCCGCUGGAAUUUUUAAUUGUGUUAGAUGCAUAUAAUUCCAACGGCCAAAAUGAAUCUGUCCCAAAUAGUUGGUUGAUUAAAUUCAGGGUAACCAAUAUUAAUGACAAAGCAACUUUCAUUCAAUAUGGUUUGUCUGCAACAGCGUAAUUAAAACACGAAGAGGCGGGAAUUUGGGUGAAGGCGCGUUGGUUAAAAAUUAAGGUAAAUUGUUUUCAAAGAGAUCAAGGACACGACAUUCAUUAUACAACGACUCAUGAGAAGAACAUUUAGUUGCAUGCAUCGAGUCGACUUAAAAAAUCUGUCCCAAAUAGUUGGUUGAUUAAUUUCAGGGUAUCCAAUAUUAAUGACAAUACAACUUUCACUGAAUUGGUUUGUUUGCGACAGCGUAAUCAAACCACUGUGACACAAAGAGGAGGGAAUUUGGGUGAAGACAGAUUGAUAAAUUAAAAUAGUUUUGUUUUCAAAGAGAUCAAGAACACGACUUCCAUUAUACAAGUAGAACAUUGAGUUGUGUGCAUCAUGUCCACUUCAAAUUUCAAAAGAUAUCAUGCCUCCAAUCUGUUCGAGGAUUCUGAAAAUUUUUAAUAAGUGGACGAACUACUGUACACUUUUUUUCUUUUGCAAGCAAAUAUAGUUUUUACAAUUUUUCUUGUCGAAAACAGCGUCCAGCAGGUUGUGUAAUAGUUUACAAAAUUUACGAUUUUUUUGCUACCUUGACGAUUUCCUACUAACAGAAUUGCUUUAAUUUUUUCUUAGCAAUAAUUCAAUACAGCAUGGGGCUCUUGUUUGUAGUUCCUGACGGUUUAAUGUAACUCUAAACUAAAAUUUAUUAAAUGUAAGCCACACCCUGGAUCCAAUUUCAUGGACUUUUGGUGCUAUAUCAAGUUCUUUCAUGCCUUAAAUUGCCUGAUUCCAAUUCUGAAAAACUGGUGCUGGCGUUUGAAUACUUCCAAGGAAAUGUCGCUGAAGGUAGCAAUCGCUUAGAUCGUUCUUACUUUUAUUACAUUUAUCCACAUCGCAAAAUACAAUGCACAGGUGAGCUAUCAUUCGUGAAAACUGAAAAGAUAAAUAAUCAAUACAAGUGCUUUAUAUGUGCAACUAACAGAAGUCGGAUGAAUUCCAGACCAUAAAGAGCCACUAAACGUUUCAAUGAAAAAAAGCCCUGCAUUUUUUCAGAAUUUGGUUUAUUAUUCUUCCUGUUUGAUUUGGAUGAAAGAAAUAUAUGCCUUUACUAGGCCAAACGUUCUAUGCCUUAACGCUGACUUAGUUUUUUAGCCAAAAAGAGAUGGACAAAAAACAAAACAAAACCAAAAAGGUACUUUGAGGAGGUUCCAUUGUAGCAGCGAUCUACCACAAUCCUCGGUCUAUUAGCUCUUUUGGUUUAAAGGCUGCGAAACGCUGAGAUACCUGUUGAUAGAUAGCUAGAUUUAGGAAUUAAUUAUAUAAAGGAAUUAGAUUUCACUAAUGAUAUAAAAUGUAUAAUUAUAUGUUUCUAGCAGACACCAAUUUUUCAAGCAAAUCGUGUCCAGUGGACAUUUUGCUGUUACGUUUUACCUAAAAAUUCUGGUGUCAGGUUUUAUUGAUAUAAUCAGGAUGUGCCACGAAAAUUCAACAGAAAUCUUUGAAGCAGUCUCAAGGAAGGGAGUUCUUCUGAAUUCAGGGUUGAAAUUGUUUGAUUGUGAAUUUUCAAAACGCAUUACUCUGAGAAGGACUGGAGAACUAGAUUUUGUUGGUUUAAGUACUAAAAAGAAACACUCUUCAUCGAUCGAUGGCCUGUAUGUUGUCCCACCACUGAGGCACUUGUAAGCCCAGAUCAAACCUGGGAUCUGGAAAGCGAGCUAGAAUAGCCUAGCACAAGGUUGCUUUCGAAGCCGUUAUAGAUAAACAUUUUUUCCAAUCAUUUACAUGUGUGAUUGGACUAUAUAUAUAUAUACAGAUUAUGUAUUAUAUCAAUAAAACUUAAACUUAAAAGUUUUAAACAGCAAAAUUAAAAAAAAUAAAAUAAAAAGAAUUGAACAAUUUUCAACGGCGCAGCCGCUGUCAGGCUCUUUUGCUUUGGUAAAAGCAUGUGCAGCAGUUUCGCAGUUUAGCCAAGAAAAUAGAAAGUGUUUGACUCAUUUUCUCUUGUGUUUAAACAAUAACAGGAACAGGUGCCCCAGUAACCAUUAUUAGAGAUAAUUUUAUAAUUAAAAUCUUCUUCACAAAAUUAACUUAAACAAACUUCAUUUAUUAAUUUAAUUACCACUACUAAAGGUAUUUAUACGGAAUUUUGUGAUCAUUAAAUAUUUCACAAUUUUGCAAAAAUUUCGAGAAUAUUAUUAACAAAGUCUUGUUCAUUACUUUAAGUUUGGCAAAGCAGAGACUAUGAAUAAAUACAAUGCAUUUGGUAACAAAAUUAAUUAUCAUUCGAUGCAAUUUUUUCUUCCUUUUCAUUGGCUGAAAGCCCACCACGUGACCUGCAAAUAACUGCCUACAAAUAAUGGUCUGUUCAUGCGCAAUGUCGUUCAACUGUGUUUGGCUGCAAAUAAUAUUCUGCUCAUGCGUAAACGAAACCACGCGUGAUAACGUUCUUGUGUGAAAAAAGGCAGAUCGCUUCGCUUCCCGAAAACAUUCAUUAAAAAAAACAAACUUGGUGAUCGAAUGAUAAAACAAUUAUUGAACUCGGUUAUCACAGAGUAGCGUGAUUUGCCAGUGUCUCGCACAUCAAUUAUUUGCCUAAGUUUUUGGCUUCGGCAAAUAAUUGAUCAUCUGCUCGCCAGUGACAAAUUACGAUAUUUUGCUCAACCUCGUCCAACAAUUGUUAACUAUUUUCAUUUUCGAAUGAACAGCUUCAAAGAGGCGAACAAGAACACCUGCAAUUUGCGAACUUCAAGGAAUUUCUCAAGCACAUGCUAAAAAUUUCCCAAGUUUUGUCCACCGUGAAUGUCAUCGACUCCACUGACUGUGCCUUCCAGUGCCUUGCUAACGUGGCGUGCUUGUCAUUCAAUUUUGCCAUUUUGCCGAACAGCAGAUCCACACUUCACGUUUGCCAUUUGCUAUCUACAGACAAGUACAACCACUCCAGUGCCUUCGUGCGGAGUGAUCAGUUUCACCACUUCACUAUUGCGGUAGGAUAAAUGAAGCUAUUUUACUGGCCCUAGUUGUUCAAAAGCUGGAUAACGCUAUCCACUGGAUAAAUCUCUUUCCACUGGAUAACGCAUUUCGUUUCUGUAAUACUUAUCCGCUGGAUAGUGAUUUAUACGGUGGAUAACUCUCUCCAACGUUUCAACAACCGGAGCCUGGUUAAUAAAUGAACUCCAAUACACGAAAGUGAGAUAAACUAAAAUAGUUCGCACCGCCCAGAAACACCUGGAAUUAACUACACGACCUUUCUAUUCCGAUACACUUUUCCCGUUCGAUAAAUCUUUUUGAUGAAAAGUACAAGGAGACGUUUGGUAGAUAAAACAACACUCACAUAUGAAACCGACACUCAUUAUCGUCAGCUAAUAGACCUUUUCUUUCGAGUUUUAAUUAAAGUCGUUAUAAAUGCGCGGCUUAUGACAACCUACUUUUGCAUUGAUAUAGUUGUUCUUUGCACCUCAGAGCCCAUGUGACAGUUCUCCUUGCCAAGAUGGUGGACCAUGUCGCCCACUGUAUGAUAAAAAUGACUUCGUGUGUGAAGGUAAUGACUUAGACGUUAUAUUUAGUCAUCAUCUGAUCGACCUUUUGCUUGCUCGAACAUAGCCGAAUCAGGAGAUCUUCAAAAUGUACAAAAACAAUGUGAAUGGCUCUGAAAUCUCUCUUUCAUUAAAUAAAAAAAACCGCAUUAUUAACUAUAAAAAGGGCAUUCUCAUACACCAAGAAAUGCAUGGGAUUUUUUUCGGAAUAUUGAAGAUGGUAGUUUUAGAACUUCGCUCGAGGGGGUCACUCAACAACCUUUCAUAAGGCGGGUUUAUGGGGAGGCUCCGCUCCCAUUUCCAAAACCCCUUACCCUUUUACAUACUUUCGGAAUUUUUGACCGUAGCCCUUCAAUACACCCUCAGUUUAAAAAUGCUACCCCUUUCACAUGCCUGGAACACAGUGACUGUGUUUGGGAUAAGCACAGAUGUUUUCAACUCGAACGUGAAAACUAAAAUAAAAUUACAAAACAUGUAGGUAGACAGCCAAACAGAACUGAAAAAAACGAACCAAAUACUCACAAGUUCUGUGCUCUCUCUGCCAUAAAACAAUGCAACACGCUAGUCACAUGGAAAAAGAGGUCACGUGACCAGCGCUCAGGUCCCUAUAUAUAAAAAAAAACGUAACAGAUUUCGGAUAAUUUUCAUAUCCGAUGUUUAAAUUAGAUUUGUCCCGAACAUCCCGGCUGCCUUAGGGCGAUCGGGUAGAACGAACAGAACAACAGUUAAAUUCAGCAUCUACAUCGUAUCUACUUCUUUCACAUCGUUUUUAAGUAAGGACAACUUCUGUAUAGAACGAACAUGGAUAGCGUCCUAAGUCUUCACCUUCACAGUCCGUACUAGACCAUCUGGACCCGAGUACAUCUCCAACACUCUGCCGAGAUUCCAAUGCCCUCUGGGGCUGUUAUCGUUAACAAGCAGAACCAAGGCGUCAGGUUUGAUAUAAGACAGCACUCUUCGCCAUUUACCUCGUUGUUGGAGGGUUGGGAUGUACUCCUUCGACCACCUUUCCCAAAACAAAUUGGUCAAAAAUUGAACCUGCCUCCACUUCUUUCUGUAAAUGUCAGUCUUCUCAAAGACUCCAGGAGAGAAACAGAUGAUCUUCCUCUGCAUCAAUAGGUGGGCCGGUGUCAGCGGUUGGAGAUCGUUCGGAGCGUCCGAGUUCGCUGUGAGGGCUCUUCCGUUAAGGAUACGCUCAACCUCAGUAAGGAGUGUUCGCAGAACCCCAUCUGUCACAGGUUGCGCCCCCAAAAUGGACUUUAAGACUGUCUUUGCACUUCGAACCAUAUGUUCCCACACGUCAGACAUACUUGACGCAGUGGGGGGUUGAAAUAUCCAUUUACAGCCUCGUUGUAUCAGCUCUCUCUCUCUAUCUGCCCUUGGUUCCAUUCCCGGAGACUCUUCUUCAAUUCUCGUUGAGACCCAACGAAGUUAGAACCGUUGUCACAUCGUAACUCUUUCACGUCUCCCCUUCGAUUUAUAAAACGCCUUAAACACAUAAUGAACUCAUCAGUAUCCAUAGAAUUAAACACUUCAAGAUGCACGCUACGGGUGGUUAAACAGGUAAACAAGCAACACCACCGUUUCGCGGUCCCUGGGCCAUGUUUCACAUAAAUCGGGCCAAAGCGGUCCUUACCAGAGAACGAAAACGGUGCCUUAUAGGCUGUAAGUCGACACUUGGGUAAGGGCGCCAUCUGCUGGGUCAUAGGUUUGGCGUUAAGUUUCUUGCAGGUAAGGCAGCGAUUAAGGACCGAUCUAACCAAUACACGCACUUGAGGGAUCCAGAAAUCUUCCCGAAACUUUGCAAUAACAUGUUCGCGUCCCAAGUGACCAAUAAGGUGGUGAACGUGACGAACAAUCAACUUGGCCACCGAAUGGUCUCUGGGAAAUUAAGAAAUGAUAAACGUGCAGCGUGCAACCAUGGAGUUAUGGAUGCACGCGGGAGGUUGCUAAGCACGAAAGAAGCGUAAGAGUCGUACGAGGCGAUAGCCGAGUGCGACUCUAGCUUCUUGAGUGCUUAGCAAACCUCCCAAGUGCAUCCAUAACUCCAUGGUUGCACAGCUGCAACGUUUACCAUUUCUUUUAUAACAUAAUCAAAUGAGAAAAACAUUAUUUUCCAUUUGCCUUCGGUUGAGUCAUCGGUACGAGUUCAUGUAUGCUGCCAUCUGACCGCGCGUAAACAAUCAUGUUACAAUAAGCCAAAACUAAAUAGAUGAAAUAAUUAUCAAGCUUAUUUAUGUGCCAAUUUUUGGAAUAAACAUAAAGUAGAAUUGAGAAAAUUUGACUGUAAUUCCUUUAGAAUAAUAGGUAACACUAAUUUUAAAAAGAAAUUAACUAGCUUUGUAUCGAAAUCUGUCUGUGGAAAUCCAGCUAUGAAAGGCAAAGUUGCAACUGAAAUUCGCCGACACACAGCCGGCGAUGAAGCUGUUGUUUUUCGACCGUUCUCUGAACGACUGUUAUGAAUGAACACUGAGGAACAAAAUAAUACACACAGAAGUUAUUUUUGAAAAAUUUAUUUGAAAACCCAGUUGUUUCUGUAAUCAAAUUAAAUUUGCUUAUUCCAGCGUAAUGUGCCCGUUUAAACUCAACUAAAAUUUUUAAUCGAUGCGAUGAAAACUUCACAACAAAGCUGUCUCGAAUUUGAGCGUGUUUCCUAAAAUAUUUGCUUGAAUUUAGCAUCAGCUUCACCAAAAAGUCAAUAACACAAUGCUAAUUGAUAAAUUUACAUUUCAAACAGACUUUCUCUUCUAUAAAAAAAACACACAAAAUGUACCUUGCAUCUUCGCUCGUUCGAUUUUCCUUCAGACCAAUUCUAGCUGCGAGGAAAACAUUGAUUAAUUCAUCCAGGGCAAAUUUGUCGCAUGAUCUUUCGUCUUGUUUCCUUCAAAACGUACUUUCUUCAACUUCCACUUUUCAUCUGAGCAUUUCAUCGGUGUAUUUUACAGUCAGGAGAGGAGAUUUGUUGAAUUUGCCUAAAUUUUACCGCGCUAGCUCAGUUUCUUGGCGUGCACCCACGGGCAAAUGGUAGCAGCUAACUGACCAAUCAGAGCGCGCGAUUUACUUUUGUUAUGUUAUAAAAUCAUUUAUUAUAUACAUACUGAGAAAUACUCACCAAAAAGCUAUGUCGUAAAUUUUCGUACGCAAAUUAGUUCUAGCCAAUCAGAGGAGCGAACGAUGGUUUUCACACGUGAAAAAAAUGAUACCUUCAAUCAGAAUCGCGAACGAUGUUUUUUCACGUGUGAGAAAAAUGAUACGUCCAAUCAGAGGCCACAGAGGUGUGUUAUUUUUGCGCCAAAAUUCCCGCCUUUUAUUGCUGCUUGCAGCGCCGUUUCGCACACAUUCAACGAGAAAAGUUUUACUCAAAGUGAAAAACAUUUCGGAAAUGGAGUGGAAUAGUUUCGUUUGUUUCACUGUCGAUAAGGAAAAGGGUAGACUGCCGGCGAAACAACAGCGGAAAGGGAAAAACAGGACGAGACGUAAGCUUUUGUUGUGCUUUUUGUCGGAGCUACUUUGCCUUUCAUUUAAGCUUAAGCUUAUAUUGAAACAGGCCAUUUUACUUAAAUUCACUCAUUUUCAAUUGUGCAUUGAGAACAAACAGUUAAUAUUACUUAUAUUUCUUGGAUUACCUCAUAUCCUUAUCGUCAUUUAUGUUUUUAACAAACGUUUUUACUAAAAAGCUGAUACUUCGUUUUCGUUGUCAUUUUGCGGUAAGUGUGCAGCGGCAAAUAAGCAUUUUUGAAAGAUUUAAAAUAAAAAGGCCGCCAAAAUGAUGAAUGUCUCGGUAUGUAUAUAAUAAACACAAUACCACAUGGAAAGUGCUUUGUACGGUAUUUACGCACUCGUUAUUUUUGUAUCAGAAAUCUUACUCGUUCGCUGCCCUCACUCGUUCGAUUUCUGAUACGUCAACAACUCGUGCGUAAAUACCGUACGCCACCACUUUCCAUGAAGUAUUCUCUAUUUGUUAAUGUUGUAACUUAGAAAUCCAAGGACGAAAUUAUGAAACAACUCGAGCACUGAACAUGAACAUUCUGGUCUUGUUUUAUUCCUAGUUCUCACUCACCGCGCAAGCGCAUCCAUGUACACGUAACACGACUAUGACGUAACUUAGUACAAUGUAACACAACAAUAACAAAACAAAGUCACGAUAUAACAUCUCCCUUUUUUUUUAAAGAGAAAAAUAGAAUGCGAAAAUACAUAAUAAAAAAAGCAAAAGGUUCUGAGUCUGUUACAGCCAUCACUUUAACUCGUAAUCUUUCAAGUGUCUUGGGGGCCUACGGGUUGUCCGAGUAGGAUAACGUUUUUCUGCAUCCGCAGGAUAUUCGGUUGAACUACCAGAGUGUCAUCGACAUUAGCAGCAUCAGAAAUCUCUGGCGAGGUCUCUGGCAAGGUAGCAGGUUGCGAAAUGACGGGGGGAUCAGUAACAGGCAUCGACACUGCUGGUUGCUUGUUUGGAACAGGAGAAUCUCCAGUGCUGGCCAAAAUGGACUCAUCCAGUGUUGCUGUAGGAGGGAUAUAAGUAGACGGUAUAGUUGAGUCAGGAACAAUCUCAUAAGGCUGAUCCAUAUCAGGAGAUAAAUCCAGCGGCAUAGACUGGUAGUUGGAUGCUGAAAAACCACGCGUCGAAGCCACAUCUGCAGGGCGUCUCAGCAGCUGGUCUAUGUGUCGUUUCCACCGAUUACCUGCCACCUUGACAAUAUAAUGACGAGACCCAAGGGCUUCAGUAACUACUCCACGCACCCAUUUUCCUCCCCUUCCAAAAUUUCGAGCCAGAACAGAAUCACCGGCAUUGAAUUUGCGGAGACCUCUAUGUGCUGUACGACUCACCAUGGUACUGCAUUGGCGAGCCUCAACAUGUGUUUCAAGUGAAGGUGUCAGCAAAUCUAGCCGGUUGCGCAGUCUCCGAUCCAUGAGAAGCAGUGAGGGUGGUUCACCUGUGGUGGAAUGAGGCGUGGUCCGGUAAACCAAUAAAUGAUUUGCAAUAACAGUGUCUACGUCUGCAUUAGUAAGGUGGGCUUGUUUAAUAGCUGAUUUCAAAAUCUGUACGACACGUUCUGCUUGACCAUUUGUAGAUGGCUUGCACACCGCUGAAGUACGGUGCAGUAUUCCAUUGCUGGUGCAAUCUUGUAAUUGUAUGAAGUAAGGAUAAGAGCCCAUCUUGGAAGUCGGGCUGCAGCAUGAGCAGGAACCGGUCGCUGAGGACCCAAGAGAGUUAGCAAAGGUCGGUGGUCAGUUAAAAUUGUAAAGGAGCGACCUUAGAGAUACUGUCGGAAUCUCUUUAAUCCAAAGAUGAUACUGAAGGCCUCCUUUUCUAGCUGAGGAUAGUUUUGUUGAGCAGGAGUCAAAGUGCAAGAAGCAAAAGCCACUGGUCGAAAUUGUCCAUCACUUUGAUGAGACAGGACCGCUCCAGCGCCAUAAGAUGAGGCAUCACAUGAAAGAAAGAGGGGUAAGGUAUGAUCAUAAUGUAUCAGUGUCUGUGAGUUCAGAAUGAGCUGUUUUGCUGCAACAAAUGCAAAGUCUGGCUUAGAUCGCGUAUCAAUUGGGACAGCACUUAGUAGUCUCUUGGAGUUCGACGUAAACGUAAUCAAGUUAAAUCCGCCUGGAGCGAGCAGUUCUACCAUGACAUGGGCUAGGCGAAUUGCGGACUGUUCAUCAUUCUCAGAGGGAAGAGCAUCGUCAGCAUAGAAAUUCUUUUUCACUGCUGUAAUAACUCUAGAGCUGUACUCUUCGGCAUUGUCGUCGGCCACACGGCGCAAAGUUGAGUUUGCAAUACAGGGGGAGGAAGCCGCUACGAAAAUACGCACUUGAAUGACGUAUGUAUCAGGGGGAUUAUCAUAUCCGUGUGUCCACCACAGGAACCUCAAGGAAUCCUGGUCUUCCUCGCGCACACGUUUCUGAUGAAACAUCUUUUCGAUUUCAGCAGCGAACGCUAUUUUUCCCUGGCGGAAAUGUACGAGAACACCAACCAAGUCCAGUCAGCAAGUUCUUAUUAAGCGAAGUUCUCUCGCAUUCAGCUGCUGCAUAGAACACAAUGCGCACCUUGCCUGGUUUGGUAGGACUCGUUAUAGGGUGAUGCGGAAGAUACCAAUGCGUAUUUAGACUCUUUGUUUAACUCUUCUUCUGACAACUUGCGGGUGAAUCCACUGCUGGUAUAACUAUCCAUAACUUCGCGGUACUUAACGGCCAUUUCAACAUUGCCAGGUUUCGUAAGACGGCAUCUCAGGCACUGUAGACGGUGCUUGGCCAUGGCUACAUUAUUCAGAAAGUGGCGUUCUUUCUCCUUCCACAGCAUACCGACUUCAUACCGACCGUCCACACAGCGGGUGGUGUUCUCAAUUAUCUUCACGGCUAUUUUAUCUUCCACCGAGAGGGGUUUCUCAUUUGAUUUCACUGCCCCAUAAUCCUCCAGAUUCCAAAAUUUUUCAAUGAGAAAACGCGGUUCAGGGUCAAUCGAGAUAAAGUUUCCUGAAACCCCUUGGCGACAAUUGACACCACAAGGACCACAAACGCACCAGCCCAAGGGAUAACGACAGCUAUAGAGCCCUUUCUUCUUAUCUUCAGGGACUCCAACUUCCUUCUGUAAAUGUGCGUAGGGAAUAUUGUUUCCAACAAGUAUAGAGACUCUCCUGAUCUCAACCUCCGGGAACUUCAUGUCACGUAAGUGCGGGUACUCAAUAGUGUCAAUCUGCUCCGGACUAGUACAGCGCGACUGGUUGAGGUUAGGUAGGACAUACGCCUCCGAAACGUCAAUACUCUCCCCGGAACUAUCUACCGAAGUCAAGGUAAAGGACACACGUUUCGACUUUACCACAUUGUCAUUACUUGAGAUCGUGUUGAUUCCGAUUUGGACGAGUGUUCCUUGAAUACCAAGGUGAUCAACUAAAUCUUGUUUAACGAGGGUGUCAGUGCAGCCACUGUCUAAGAAGGCAUAAGUGGAUACAGUGUUACCAUUCUCAGCAGAAACAACAACAGGUAUAACGUUCAACAGCACUUUCGCUUGCACAGUCGCGGACGAUAUUGGUACCUUUCUUACAGACUUGUCAGACUUGUCUUCGCUCGCGGUUGGAGUGACAUUUCCCCUUCCGCUGUUUGGGGAUUUAGGCGUCGCCAAUGGCUUGUCAGACUUAUCAUUAGACUCUCUGUUAUUCCGUGGGAUGAAGCGGCGACCACCAUAAUUACUUUCAGAGUGCAGAGGACGAAUGUUUCGACCGGAACAUACUGAAUGUGCUGGUGGGUUCCGGACGGGAGCCAGAACCGUGUCCGGGCUUUUCAAGACCACAAUUAAAACAAAAUCUACAGGAUGCCGCAUACUGUCUUCGCACUGCCACGUGUUCGCAUUGUUUGAUAAUAGGGCAUUAUUGGAGUUUGUGAGGCUUACUUGAUUUGCAAAUUCCGCAAACGCUAAACGCUUGUUUGUGCACAAAUUCAGCGACAUUCUUUAAUCGAGCGGAUCUUCCGGACUUCACAAGCUCGUAGUUCACGGUUUGCCACUUCAAGAUUAAGUCGUUAGGUAAACGGUUUACUAUACGCCUGAGGCUCAUCGCUACGCUCACCUCGCGUUCAACGACUCCCUUGAGGAUCCUUGUGGCUGCAUUUAAGUUCUCAGAGAAACUGAGAAGACCAAUGUUGUCGCCGUAGGCCAACUUGGGGCCAGAUGAGAGUUCUUCCACACAUGCUUGCGUCACUCUCACCGCUUGGCCAAAACGUUCUUCCAACGUUUUCAUAAUCUCGUUAAACGUACAACCUCUGUUACGCUUCACAACCUUUAACGCUUCUCCCGCUACGAAUUUAGGCAGAUACUCCACUUGCUGGGCAUCAGUAAGCAGGUCCCUUUCGAGGUGCGUACGAACUUGUUCACGAAAAAGGGGGAACUCGGCUGGAUUACCACUGAACUGUGUCGCCUUCAUUCCGCUAAGCAAUUGUGCCUUCCACAACAUACAACAUGAUCACGAGGAGCCUGGUCUAUGCUGGAGACGGUGUGCGACCUCCCGAAGUUAACACGUUCAGGGGACUGGGUCGAGUUAAUCCCCACAGAGGGAGUGGUGGUGUUUAAUCCCUUCACAGACGAUUCAUUGUGGGGCAACAUCGUGUCUGACGGUCUUGAAAUUGCUGGAUAAUUUGGCUCCGUGGAUUGAGGUUCUCAAUUGGAAAUCACAUACACGGCACUCAGUUGACUGUUAAACCCAUCUCUAGUAACAUACUCAGACGGGACGGAGGUGGAGUGUGAUUGCUUGUUAACAAUAAACGUAGACGUGUUCAAGGCGCUAGAUACAACCGGGGAGAGUUUACUCUCCGUCAAGUUAUCCAUUUCAAUUUUCCAUUCAAGCUCAGCCAAUGUUGCUUCCUCUUCAAGGCGUCUAAGUUCCAUCCUUUGCUUAUAUCCAUGAGCCACUUUUGCUGCUUCUGCAUCCUCCUUUGCCGUAGCUCUUGCUAAGUCUUGUUUCAUUUUGGACACCAGUGCCUUCUUUAGUGAUUUCUUCUGUGAGGAAACUGAUAAUGCCUCAGAAUGUUUGGUAAAAUGAGUAGCAACGCUGUGCACUAACUUAUUGUCAUCGUGUUUCGGAUCCCAGACUACUAGUCCGCGGUCCAUUCCAAGUUCACGAUGCCGGGAGUCUGGUCUUCUAAACAAACCCUCACAUUCAUUGAUAAUAUCGUCCAUUUCACGUUUCAGAGUAGAAUAACGUUCUUGUACAUGUUCUAAGCAUUUUCUCUCGUUAAUUCCUGCAAGGUACCUCCCAUGAAGUCCCUCAAGCCUGUCCCAUUUUUCCAAGAGCAAGUGAACAGAUUUCGUACCUUCCUCUGGACUCAGUGUUCCAUGAAUUUCAGACGUUCCUUUAAUAAACUGUCUAUUUCCUCGCUAAUAUUUGACCACUGCAUUGCCGCACUCCGCCGGUCCCGUGAGUCCCUUUUCAGAUCCGAUUCCAAAAAUUCAACGCGAGUAGUCGGCGGGGGCCUGAGACGAAAAUGAUAGCCAUCGCCUUCCUGCGAAGCGCUCAAUGGCUGUGAAAAGACAUUCGUACAAACACAAGAAGAUAAAUAAAUAUCGCUCCGAGUUGAAACCACGGGUAACUGAAUCGAAAAAUCGGGCAAUCAACGAUCCAUUCCAGAUCCAGCGUAGUCCAAACUCAUACUACGACCACUGUCGAAGCCGAAGUCCAAUUUCUUCGAAUCAUCCAUCGAUCACACUUGAAAACAUGCAAUUCCAAUAGAACUUUCUUCACCGAUGUUGGGGAGAAGCACAGAUUUUUUUCUACUCGAACGUGAAAACUAAAAUAAAAAUACAAAAGAUGUUGGUAGAGAGCCAAAUAGAACUGAAAAAACGAACCAAAUACUCACAAGUUCUGUGUUCUCCCUGUCAUAAAACAAUGCGAUAACUCUCACCAAUCAACAUCAGCCCGGAUCAACACGCUAGUCACAUGGAAAAAGGGUUCACGUGACCAGCGCUCAUGAUCAGGUCCCUAUAAAAAAAAAAAAAACGUAACAGAUUUCGGAUAAUUUUCUUAUCCGAUGUUUAAAUUAGAUUUGUCCCGAAGAGACUGCGUUCCUUUUCCAAACCUUUGGAAUAAAAAAAAUGACUUUGGAAUAAAAUAAAUGAACUAUAAUUCGGGAUAACAUAUAAGGUGGGUCUGUGACAGAUUAUCUUGUCCUUUUCAUAUACUUUAACUCGUGAGAGUCCGUACCCUUUUAUAUACCUGAAUGAAAAGGGUACUCAUUUUGACCGGAGCCUCCUUGUAAAGGACACCAUAGGAAGGACCCCCGGACCUCUACACCCUCAUGUUGGUUAAGCCUGGUAUUCACUACCGCAUACGCAUAAGCAAAAGCACAAGCACAUGAGUAAGCAAGUGAAAACUGGGUCGGCAUAAGUAUAAGCACAAGAAAAAGUUCGUUCUUCUUGUGCUUAUGCUUAUGCUUAUGUCGUAGCUUUGACUAGUGAAAACGGGGUCGACAUAAGCACAAGCAUAAGCACAAGGCUAUGGGCCAAUCAUAGGCCACUUUGACCCAGACCUCAUGCCAACAUAUCAAAGGCAAUAUGCCGGACGAAACGUCCGCCAUCUUGUUUAUCCCCGAGUUGAGGGAAGCUCAGUGGUAUCGAGAAUUGAGUCAUAAUAUGCCAUUCUGCGCGUGCGUAUGUGUUUAUGCUUAUACUUAUGUGCUAGUGAAAACCAGACUUUAGCAAAAUAACGAAAGAUAUAAGGCCAAUCGGCUGACGUCAUUUUCGUUCCCUCAAUUAAAGCAUAUGUGGCAAAAUUUACAUUCAGUCUGAACAUGAAUUCUUGGAGUUUAAUGACACACCCUGUCAUGUUGUACAUUAAGAAUGUAACUGUCAUGAACUGUCUCAUGGUCUCAUGGACUUAAAACCAAAUUUUCUCGACGAAUAUCGAUAGAUUAGCGUACUCUACAGGUGCUUAUGAUUUUCCAAUAAACACUUGAAGACCGAGGGCUAGUUCAAUGGGGUUGAUUACCUGAAUCUGAGGACUUCAUAAAGCUUUAACACGUUUUCCUAGUCUUUCCGUUUAACCCUAUUCAGACUGUGGGGGGGCUUUUCAAACCCCCCCUCCGGCAAAAUUCGUGAUAACUCCUACACCGAAAGAGCUAUGACGUUCAAAUUUUCUGACUUUUCCUAAAACAUUUUGGUAUAAUUACCAUGUCCAUGUGAUUAAUCAUGUUGCCAUGGCAACCAGUUUCUGACACAUAGGUUUUGGAAAAUUUAAAAAAUGGUGAUUUUUUUUUGUUUUAAGAUCGCGUUUUUACACUUAUAGUGCUUUUUGUUGUUAAAAUGGUCUUUGCUUGGGACUAGUUUUUGAAUUACAUCAAAAUGUUUCAACAUUGAAUAUUUGGGGGGGGAGGGGUGGGGUAAAAUUUGUCACUUUUUUGCUUUGACAAAUAUGCUGCUCUAUUUUCCAAAUAAAAUAACACUUCGAAAGUCAUUUGUUUGGGUAAUAAACAUUAGUUUGAUACUUCUUUUAUACAUUCUGAGCUUUUUUCCCCUUUGAAAGUUGCUUUAAAUUAUAAUUUUAACAAAAAAACGAAAAUCCAAGAUGGAGGAUCCAAGAUGGCGGACAACCAUUUCAAAUUUUAAAUGUUAUUGCUUCCUAUUGCUUUUUCUCGCUGUACAAGUGUUUCCUUGUUACUAGUUCAUAAGAAAGGAUGACAAAGAGAUGAAUUUACCAAUAUUAUUGAUAUUUUACGUAUCUAAGUGGAAAAAUAAUAGGAAACAUUGAAAAAUCGGAAUAUGACGUCACUGUGACGUCAUCAUUGGGCGUGGCUAGUCAAAACUGGGUGCGGGGCUUCUUUGUACGGAGAUGAUCAUUGUGUGUAAAUUUCAUGACCCUAGCAUUAUUGGUUCCAGAGAUACAGAGGGGGGGUCCGAGGAGCCCCCGUCACAGAUUGACCAAAAAAAGCCUAGUCUGAAUAGGGUUAAAUUAUCAUUUUUACCUACAAAAGGGUAAAAAACAAAUAAGAAAAUUUAUAUUCUGAGCAUGUACAAUGCAGAAUAGUUUUCUCUACGAGUGUGACUCUAUCUCAUUAUUGUGAUUCAAAAAUUUCAUCUGCACUAAUGUAAAUAGAUUAGUUUUUAAUUUAAUAACUUUAAGUGCCCCUAAUCUUGACUUGAGGGUUUUGCAGACUAACUGCAACUUGCGUCUUUAAAAGUAUCUCAGGCUAGGUACUUCAUAUUAAAAGGGUGUGAGGUAUAGCUUAUUAUAGAUUUGUGUCUGAGAGGUCUGAGAUACAGCAUGCAACGUUUCUUUAUCCCUGGUAAACAGAAAAAAAAACUAUCUCAAGCUAUUACGAAAGCUCAUUAUUUAAACGCCAGCUUGGAAUCUUAUGGGCCGUUGUCCUAUUUCAUUCCAGUUUCAGGGUGGUUCAAGAUUAACACAGAGGUAGUGUGCUUUGGAGCCAGGAACAAUUCCUACGGCAAGUUCAGAAUUCAUAAGGCGGGAAACAUUUCUGCGUUUAAACUAGCUCAUCGCUCAGGCUCCGUGUCUUGUUUACCUGGGGCCGAUAAAGGAACAAAUUGGGGAUGCAGCCACCCGUUAUACAUCGGUCAAAUUUGUACACACAUCACUGAUGCCAGCAACGUCCGUAUUGUCAAUGUGUCAGAUUCAGUCCAUGGAUGUUACCAGCUGCCUGGGUUUGCUCAUAAUUCCUCUGAAAUCGAGUUGAGCCUUUCAUCCCCAGUUGGCGUUCGUGCUGGACAGGAGUUCAGAAUCUGGUACGCUGAAGAUUUAAAAAAUUUGAACGACGACGACAACGCCUUUAACAAGUCAUGCGUCGAUGUGUACGGCUUUUAUUAG